GCGGGCCUCGAGGGGGGCGGAGACGCCGCCGCUGCCUGCGCAGCGGGGUUCGGGAUUUGAAAGAUUAGAAACUCCGGGCUCAGAGGGCUGCGGCGUUUAAUGUGUGGCGGAAGCGCUGGGGGCCACGGCUCGGCGCGGGGCCGGGCAGCGGGCGGUGUUUUCGCACCAUGAAUUACCCGGGCCGCGGGUCACCGCGGAGCCCGGAACAUAACGGCCGGGGCGGCGGCGGCGGCGCCUGGGAGCUGGGCUCGGAUGCGGAGCCGGCGUUCGGGGGUAGCGUCUGCUGCUUCGAGCACCUGCCCGGCGGGGACCCAGGCGACGGCGAGGUGCCCCUGGCCCUGCUGCGCGCUGACCCCGGACUGCACUUGGCGUCCGGCGCCGAGGACCACAACCACCACCUGGCGCUGGACUCCUGCCUCAGUGACGAGAACUAUGACUUCAGCUCAGCCGAGUCAGGCUCCUCGCUACGCUACUACAGCGAGGGCGAGAGCGGCGGCGGCGGCAGCACCUUGUCACUGCAUCCGCCGCAGCAGCCGCCGCUGGUCCCGUCGAACUCCGGGGGCGGCGGGGCGGCGGGAGGGGGGUCCGGGGAGAGGAAGCGCAGCCGGCUGGGCGGCUCGGCCGCUCGGCACCGCUACGAGGUGGUGACGGAGCUGGGCCCGGAGGAGGUGCGCUGGUUCUACAAAGAGGACAAGAAGGCUUGGAAGCCCUUCAUCGGCUACGACUCGCUCCGCAUUGAGCUCGCCUUCCGGACCCUGCUGCAGGCCACAGGCGCCCGGCCCCAGGCCGAGGACCUGGACGGCGACCAUGUGUGCGGCUCGGGUACCCUCGCAGGCCCGGCCUCCAGCUCCGGGGAGGACGACGACGAGGACCGCGCCUGCGGGUUCUGCCCGCGCGCGGCGAGGCACGAGCCAGAGAUGGAGGAGGUGGUGAACAUCGAGCCGGUGUGCGUGCGGGGCGGACUCUACGAGGUGGAUGUAACCCAAGGAGAGUGCUACCCUGUGUACUGGAACCAGGCUGAUAAAAUACCAGUAAUGCGUGGACAGUGGUUUAUUGAUGGUACUUGGCAACCUCUAGAAGAAGAAGAAAGUAAUUUAAUUGAGCAAGAACAUCUCAGCUGUUUUAGGGGUCAGCAGAUGCAGGAAAAUUUUGAUAUUGAAGUGUCAAAACCCAUAGAUGGAAAAGAGGGCAGUGGGAUCAACUAUUCUGUUGUCUACCACCUCCCUCCCUUCUCCCUCCCUUCUCUGUUCAAAUGGAGAGGAUAUAAGGAGAGUACAGAUGCGACAGGUCUUAAAAGAAAGCGUUACCAAGCUAUUCAUAGUUUCAAGUUGAGUCGAAACCAUGUGGACUGGCACAGUGUUGAUGAAGUGUAUCUUUACAGUGAUGCAACAACAUCUAAAAUUGCAAGAACAGUUACUCAAAAACUGGGGUUUUCUAAAGCAUCAAGUAGUGGGACCAGACUUCAUAGAGGUUAUGUAGAAGAAGCCACAUUAGAAGACAAGCCAUCACAGACUACCCAUAUUGUAUUUGUCGUGCAUGGCAUUGGGCAGAAAAUGGACCAAGGAAGAAUUAUCAAAAAUACAGCCAUGAUGAGAGAAGCUGCAAGAAAAAUAGAAGAAAAGCAUUUUUCCAAUCAUGCAACACAUGUUGAGUUUCUACCUGUUGAGUGGCGGUCAAAACUUACUCUUGAUGGAGACACUGUUGAUUCUAUUACUCCUGACAAAGUACGAGGUUUAAGGGAUAUGUUAAACAGCAGUGCAAUGGACAUAAUGUAUUACACUAGCCCACUUUAUAGAGAUGAACUAGUUAAAGGCCUUCAGCAAGAGCUGAAUCGAUUAUAUUCCCUUUUCUGUUCUCGGAAUCCAGACUUUGAAGAAAAAGGGGGUAAAGUCUCAAUAGUGUCACAUUCCUUGGGAUGUGUAAUCACUUAUGACAUAAUGACUGGCUGGAAUCCAGUUAGACUCUAUGAACAGUUGCUGCAGAAAGAAGAAGAGUUGCCUGAUGAACAAUGGAUGAGCUAUGAAAAACGACAUCUUCUUGAUGAGCUCUAUAUAACAAAACGACGGCUGAGGGAAAUAGAAGAACGGCUGCAUGGGUUGAAGGCAUCAUCUAUGACACAAACACCUGCCUUAAAAUUUAAGGUUGAAAAUUUCUUCUGUAUGGGAUCUCCACUAGCAGUUUUUUUGGCAUUGCGUGGCAUCCGCCCGGGGAACACUGGAAGUCAAGACCAUAUUUUGCCCAGAGAGAUUUGUAACCGGUUACUAAAUAUUUUUCAUCCAACAGAUCCAGUGGCUUAUAGAUUAGAACCAUUAAUACUGAAACACUACAGCAACAUUUCGCCUGUCCAGAUCCACUGGUACAAUACUUCAAAUCCUCUACCUUACGAGCAUAUGAAGCCAAGCUUUCUCAACCCAGCAAAAGAACCUACCUCAGUCUCAGAGAAUGAAGGCAUUUCAACCAUACCAAGCCCAGUGACCUCACCAGUCUUGUCCCGCCGACACUAUGGGGAAUCUAUAACAAAUAUAGGCAAAGCAAGCAUAUUAGGGGCUGCUAGCAUUGGAAAGGGACUUGGAGGAAUGUUGUUCUCAAGAUUUGGACGUUCAUCUGCACAGCCAUCUGAGACAUCAAAAGACUCAAUGGAAGAUGAGAAGAAGUCAGUUGCCUCGCCUCCUGCUACCACUGUGGCAACACAGACCCUUCCACACAGCAGCUCUGGCUUUCUUGAUUCUGCAUAUUUCAGACUUCAGGAAUCGUUCUUUAAUCUCCCACAACUUCUUUUUCCGGAAAAUGUAAUGCAGAAUAAAGAUAAUACCCUCGUGGAACUGGAUCACAGGAUUGAUUUUGAACUCAGAGAAGGCCUGGUGGAGAGCCGCUAUUGGUCAGCCGUCACAUCGCACACUGCCUAUUGGUCAUCCUUGGAUGUUGCCCUCUUUCUUUUAACCUUCAUGUACAAACAGGAGCACGAUAAUGAUGCAAAGCCCAAUUUAGAUCCAAUCUGAACUCUUGAAGGACAUUAAUGGCCCCAAACUGAUUUUUUUCCUGUUAAAAUAUGUGUGUCAGGACGUGGAAAUUUCCAGUUAAAUAUGUUUCACUUUUUUUUAGGACAAGGAAUAUUUGAAUUUAAAAGCACCUUAUUUUAUUUAAAAAAAGGAAAGAAAGAAACUUUCAGACCAAAAGGAGUUAUUUAUGGUUUUAAUCAUUUUGAUGAUGAAUCUGACGGAACCCUCUGCAGAGCAUCAAGCAAGACCUAGAAGUGGGAAAGGUUUGGGCGAACUGCAUGUAAACAGUAUAAAUCACGAUCUCAUUUUUUCCAAAUGUAAAAGUAUACUAAUGGGUUGGAUCUAAUGUAUUAACCAAAAUAUGUUGUAAAUCUAAAAUGGCCAAGGUCCAGUGUAUUCUAUGUAAAGAUCACAAGGUGAUAUUGUUUUAGAUUUCUAUGAAAGCCUCCAUUUCCACUAUUUAAUUGAAAAUGCAGUAUAACAGAUUUAAAAUGUUUUGAAUUUAACUUUAGGAAAACUAAUGCUAAAAAAGAAACAAUAUUUGAACUACUGUAUUUAUAAUUUAUUAUCUCUGUUUAUUUCAGUGUAUGAAACAUUACAUAUUUUUUACUGUUUCCUUUGAACAUAAUUUAAGAACUACAUUUAUUUUCUAUGGUGUUAAGACCCUUUUUUCUCAGAACUCCAUCUUUGUACUCUUCAGAUGAAUAUAUAGACACUGUGGCAUACCUUCAGUAUUUUUUUCAUUAAAAACUUGUGGUUUCACACAAAUAACAUUAGUUCAGUUAUUCUGAAAAAAAAUAAACUUUUUAUUAUGUCACAUGUACCUCAGAGAAAGCUAAAGUAAACUCAACACAGUAAUCCAAAAUGGGUACAUUAACUUUAUGGAAAAAUUAGUAAAUUUCUUUGGAGUAUGGAGUGUGACAAUUAUUUUAAAUGUAUACAUAGUCAUGUGCCAAACAAUUAACAUAAAUGAAGGGAUAGAGUGCCACUAACAAAUUUUAUUUUUAAAAUGUUUAGGAAAACAUGAUGGAGAAGUAAGGCACGGUAGAUCAGGCUUCUGGAGCACUGGGCGGGUUUCCUUCAACUAUAAUUGCUUCCGCAGUGCUUUUCAUCUGAGGAGCUCAAAGUGCUUUAAAAAGUAUACAUUCAGUAGUCUAUGUAGUAGCUCCAGGAGGUAAGUAAAUGAGUGUUAUUCUCAUGUUACAUGUUAAUAAACUAAGACACCAAAUAUUUAAGUGCCUCGAAUUAGAUUACAUAGCAGAUCAGAAGAGCUAAGAUUGAAGUCAGACUGUAUUCUUCUAUAUGCUAUUCAGUGACUAAUAAUUCACAGGUGACCUCUUACAAGUUUGUAAACAGUAAUAAUAAUAGAAGUUGCAAUCCAUGGUUUGGAGAAAUGGCUAGGAAGCCAAUAUCUUACCCCACUUGUCUUACGCAUUCUUGGGCUGUCAGACACAAAGAAAUGCUUAGAGGGGAUUAGCAGCCAUCUCUGCCACGACCAACCCUCACUUCUGAGUGGCUCCCACUAGAUUCCACUUAAGGUGCUGUCUUUGCUUGUCUUGUAAGAAUUUUCUUAGUUUUCCAGUAAUCAUUCUCAAACUGGGAGCAAAGCUGAUCCAUUGCACAUCUCAUUACUCCUUUCUUUAUAAGAAAGUAGAGUCUGUGGCUUACUGUAGCUUUUACUCUGGACCAUCAGUACUCUUGUCUCUUUAGGCCUUUAAUUGAGUUUGCACAAAAUAAAACACUUCUUUUUAGUGUUUAAAAAAAUCCUAAACUUCCAUGACCAAGUACGUGACUCACUAACUCUUGCCUUUAAAGGCUUUUAAUCAGGUCUUAGCAAAGCUGAAGUAAUCUUGAUUUCAAAUUUAGAGAUUCCUGUGAACUCAGAUCAUUUUCAUAACCUGUUUAUUUCAUAGGUCUAAUUUAGUUCUCAGGAAAAUUAAGCUCAUGUCAUAUGACUAUCACUAAAGGUACUUGAGCAUAUGUUGCUUUGGGUGAUGUGACACUGAAAUGCCCAAAAGCUUUAUGGUACUGAUCCUUCACCAUUAGAAUGUGAAGAGCCCUUUUUACCUGAGAAGAGAGGAAGUCUAUCACAUCUUUUGAUUUAGUAUCAUUGAAUAAGAAGAAAAGUAGUUUCUCAGAGCCAUAGGAAUGUAUCUGUUCCCUUUUUUCAUUGGAGAAAACAAAGUCAAAUUUAAUCUCUGGUUUCAUUUUAAUUGUUGGAAAGGACAUCAUCCAAAAUCCCAUUUCAAAAUGAGACCUUCUGAGCUACCAGGCAGGUGUUUUGUUUUUCCACCAAUACAUUAUUUCAUCAAGAGAGAGAGUGGUUUUGAUGUUAUGGUACUCUUCUUGUUUCCGUGUCUCUGCUUGUUGUCAUGGGAUGUGUUUGUAUAUAUUCAAGUAGUAUACAGAGUGUGUGUAAUUCUGACUUGAUUUAGAAGCUAAGUAGCGUUUUGCAACUUUUUUCUAGCAAGUACUAAAUUGGCUAAAAAGUUAUAUUUUUUAUACCAUUAAAAUUGUAUUCUCUAUUUUGCAUACAUACUAGGCUGAUUCUCUUGAGUAUUGGGUAGAUCAUUCAGUUUUAAGCUAGUUAGGUUCCCAAAAGUUAUUGAAGGUUAGAAUAAGGAGAAUGUCUUUGGGUUAAGUCUUGCCUUUUUAGUUUAAAAUUUGCCUUUGCUAAGGCCUUUUAUUAGUUUAUUACCUUAUGUGGGGCAGUUCUCUGUCCUAUAGGGUUGCUAUGAGUCGGAAUCGACUGGAUGGCACUGGGUUUUUGCUGGGUUAUUUUUGGUAGUAAUUGGGCUUAUUUUAUAAUCCAGUGUUGUUGUAAUUUAGGAUAUAAUCACAAAAUAUACUGGUUUUUCCAGCAACUACUCCUUUAUAUGUGAAACAAGCCUUAGGAAUCUUACAUGUUUUACUUCUUCCUAUUAAACAGCAUCUGUUAGCUUUUUUAAAUACUCAAACUGAAUAUGUUCAAUAGAAGCCCUCAGACAUUAAUCCUCAGUCUGUUUUCCUGUUGGGCCUGAAGCAUCGUAGUCUAUAAGCAUGUAUUCAUCCAUUCCCCACCCAGCUUGGCAUUUCUUGCAAAAUAUAGAGAGAGGAAAAGAAAUCAUCCAUGUAGUGUCACAGCUAGUUCAACCAUUCGUUGCAGUGAUAGUGAUAGCACCUGAACCCCUCGAGGUGGAGUCAGACCAGACCAACAGAUUUUUACUGUAAGGUCUAUAAACAGGUCUAUAGUAGAGAGAAAUAAUUAUAUUUCUUUCUGAUUGAUUAGAUUGGUCAGUACUGUAUUUCUGUCUUCACUAUUAAUGACUAAGGCAUUUUGACAAUUGAGAAAACCAAUUUGAGUGUAUAUUUAGAACUAUUUUUGAAUAAUCUUGUUACAAAUGAGGCCAAAGAAGGUAUUAAAGCCAGGGUCAAGACAGCUAAAAAGAGAAUGUAGUGAUUAUAUACUGAAAAAGGAAACUAGAAUUUGACUAAACCCAUCUGAGUAUUAGAUACUUGACUUCUGUGAUUAUUCUCAAGUUUUCCAUCUCUCAUCCUGAUUGUACUGUCAUUCCUGGGCCCUGAAGCCUUCUACCAGGAAUCCUGUUAUUACUGAUGCCUUCACGGAUAGAAACCUGAUGGUUGUCUGGCUGAACUUGGAACACAUGCAUUAAAUAUUUUAUGGUUGUUGUUGUUAGGCCUGUCAAGUUGAUUCUGACUCAUAGCAACCCUAUGCACAACAGAACGAAACACUGCCUGGUCCUGUGCCAUCCUCACAAGCAUUGUUAUGCUGGAGCCCAUUGUUGCAGCCACAGGGUCAGUGCAUCUCAUCGAAGGUCUUCCUCUUUUUCACUGACCAUCUACCUUACCAAGCAUGACAUCCUUUUCCAGGGACUGUUCCCUCCUGAUAACAUGUCCAAAGUGUGUGAGUUGAAGUCUCACCAUCCUCACUUCUAAUGAGCGUUCUGGCUGUACUUAUUUCAAGACAGAUUUGUUCUUCUGGCAGUCCAUGGUAUAUUCAGUAUUCUUCACCAAAACCAUAAUUCAAAGGCAUCGAUUUUUCUUUGGUCUUCCUUAUUCAUUGUCCAGCUUUCACAUGCUUCUGAGGUGAUUGAAAACACCAUGGCUUGGGUCAGGUGCACCUUAGUCCUUAAAGUGACAUCUUUACUUUUUAACACUUUAAAGAGACCUUUUGCAGCAGAUUUGCCCAGUGCCAUGUGUUGUUUUGAUUUCUUAACUGCUGCUUCCAUGGGUGUUGAUUGUGGAUCCAAGUAAAAUGAAAUUCUUGACACCUUCGAUCUUUUCUCUGUUUAUCGUGAUGUUGCGUAUCGGUCCAGUUAUAUGAGGAUUUUUGUUUUCUUUAUGUUGAGUAAUUUAUACUGAAGGCUGUGGUUUUUGAUCUUCAUCAGUAAGUGCUUCAAGUUCUCUUCACUUUCAGCAAGCAAGGUUAUGUCAUCUGCAUAUCACAGGUUGUUAAUGAGUCUUCCUCCAAUCCUGAUGCCCCAACCUUCAUAUAGUCCAGCUUCUCAGAUUAUUUGCCCAGAAUACAGAUUGAAUAAGUAUGGUGAAAGGAUACAAUCCUGACGCACACCUUUCCUGAUUUUAAACCACUCAGUAUACCCUUAUUCUGUUCGAACAACUGCCUCUUCGUCUAAGCACAGUUUUCUCAUGAGCACGAUCAAGUGUUCUGGAAUUCCCAUUCUUCACAAUGUUAUCCGUAAUUUGUUACAGUCCACACAGUUAAAUGCACAGUCAAUAAAAUACAGGUAAACAUCUUUCUGGUAUGCUUUGCUUUCAGUCAUGAUCCAUCUAACAUCGGUAAUGAUAUCCCAUCCUUCCAUCACAGCAACAUGCAAGCCCCCACAGUUUGACAAACUGACAGACGCAUGGAGGAUUUUAUUGUUAACCCAUUGCCGUAGAGUCCAUUCUGACUCAUAACAACCUUAUAGGACAGAGUAGAAGUGCCCCAUAUGGUUUCUAAGGAGCACUUGGUGGAUUUGAACUGCUGACCUUCUGGUUAGCAGCCAUAGCUCUUAACCACCAUGCCACCAGGGUUUCCAUUUUAUGGUUAGAUAUGGGAAGUACGAGUAGUUCCCUAACAUUUUAGAAUACAUAUGUUUAAAAAAAAACAACUUGUAUCUACAAACAGCAAAUUUGGUAGGUAUCAUCCCCACUGAAUGCUUAUCUCUGUUAGAUCUAUGUUGGAUCUAGGAAGCCAGUACAACUCAGGUUGUCUCCCUACAUUUUCCUUUUGGGUUAGUCAAGGGGAAGGGAAGUUGCCAAGGAAAUAUUGAUUGUAUGGAACCUAGAGCAUUGUACAGAAUGGCAGGAUAUAGAAUUUCAUCUCAAACAUUCAUUUGGCAAGGCCAUCUCACGUACUUUGGACAUGUUUUCAGGAGGGACCAACCCCUUGAAAAGGAUAUCAUGUUUGAUAAAGUAAAGGGUCAGCAAAAAAAAAAAAAAGGAAAAGCCUCAACAAGA